UUCACGGUAGGCGACAGCUAGCCAACCACCGAGUCUGAACUACAGUGGGCAUAGCUGCGCUUACAUCGGGUAAUCCUUCGAAGUGUCUGUCAAUAAGAGACACUGUAGGCAUGCCCACCAUCAAUCUCCCUGCUGGUAGUAGCACGCAGCUGGAGCCACGUCCUGCGCAUCAGCAUCAUCCGCGAUUCUUUGCUGUCCAUGCAUAUUUGGGCAUUGCUGUCACUCUGAUCAUCGUCACCAUUUGGUGUGUCAACCCCCGACGAAGAUCAUCAACAUCCAGUUCGGCGAAUUGCGGGAGCCAACCAGAGGUCAAAGAAAUCAAGGCAUCAUCGGGUCGUGCAAAGCUAGUUAGGGCAGAGCUCACGGAAGGAUCACAUCCAAAGAGGUUCAGUCAAAACCUAGUCCUCGCCACGCCCACCUCGAUGCAUAAACUGUCACGUUCACUUUCAAGUGCAUACACCAGAGUCCCGCACCCGUCUAGGCAUCCACAGAAAAUGGAUGGCGAUCAGAACAAUCAACACAGCCAUCGAAGUGAUCGCGAAGCAACAGCAUCACGUGGCACCAGCCAGAAGCCCAUGACAUCCUCAAGUUCAAGUUCGAGUUCUACUCUCGAUCAGCUUCAAGGACAUAUGCCACCUUCCAGGACCUUUACCAGUACCGAUAGAACAACCAGCCCAGAUUUAACGAGUAGGGAAGAGGGGAGGGGAACAAAACGUCUGCAUACACAAUCCCGUCAGAUCGAUGGGUUCGGGAUAUCAACUGCUCAGAGGGAAAAUGACGAAUUGCACGGUGUGUCUGUUGGUGAGCCUAGACUACACUUUACAACGCCUCCACCUCCACCACCUCUGACACCGCCAACCCUGGACAAGACGGCCUUUGCCUUUCAGAACCGUCAGCCCACAUCUGUGGUAUUAAUUCCACCAGGGUUGGACGGAAGCUUUAUCCAUCAGCCCAAUCCGAACCACAUCGGCCACACCUCGUCUUUUGACAUCCCCAGCUCGAUUCCUGCCGAGGCGGCGGCGAUACCGCGUCGAAGAUCAUACACAAAGAGUGUGCCAGUUGGUGUACCUAUACCCAGCAGCAGCUCUUCUUCAUCAAGGGGAACUACUGUAACAUCUUCGUCAGUAUUUCAUCCAUCCAGCGAUCUGCCACCAUCACCACUAUUCCCGCGACCUCCACCAGUUUCCCAAGACUAUCAGUUCGUUGGAGGACAUAUGGGACAUCGCGCGUCAGUCGGCAAUCGGCACCAGAAUGAGACCGAGGUUCAUGGGGAAAUCAUCUCUGUUAUCAAUGAGGAUGGGCACGGUUGGCAACGACACACACAGGUGUAUGGUGGGGGUGUCUGUCUCGCAUGUUUGGGAAAUGAAGGCGGAUUCUAUGGUCCAAAUGUACCACUCGAGGAUCGACGAUAUUAGCCCUUGUUCAAGGGCUCACCGGGAAGCCCACACCAAGGAAGUCCCUUUUAGGUUUUGGAGGUGACUCGAGCCUCAGCCGCCAUGCAUUGCACUGCAGGCAUCCAAGCACAAAGAAAGCACACACACAUGUAUCCAGCGCUCGGUGGGGCAAUUUGCUUCCGGGUCUAUGCUGCACCUCCCAUAGGUUGAGUACGGUAUGGACUGCAUACAGGCGUUUGAUGAAGU